CAGGACGAUUCAAGACAAACGAUUGCUGAGGUAUGUGGAAGUAUCAAGUCACCCUCGCACACGUCUGUUGAUGCAAAUUCAAACUUAUCAUUUUCAGGAGUGGUUGAUGAAGAUGAUCAUGCCGCACUGGAUGCACGACGUCGUUCCGGACAAGAUCGAGUUCAAGAUGAAGAUUAUGUUUAAGGCUACAAGGAAUCUCCCAUUUUCAGAGGCAUCUUGGUCCCUUCUGACGCCCCUACCUUGCAAGACAAAGAGUUCCCCUAUUGCGAGGAAUAUAGACCCAGGUCCCAAAAAAAAAAGACACAAUACAGGUACAUGAAUGAAUGAAUGAAUGAAUGAAAAGGGAAAACGAGACCCAGGAUGAUGCUGAAGAUGGAUUUCUCUGAGUGCUAAUAUGUUGUCGCUGAUGUUGCCCACACAUCUCGGCCUCCACCUCCUGGCUUGGAAGGAUUUGAUUGUGACGACUUUCCGCCAGAACUGGGAUUUGGAGCUUUGUCGCUAAACGACUCUGAUGAAUGUGGAUCUGGCAGAAGUAGCACAACUAAAAGGGUGGACGAAAUGAAAGUUUCCUCUUCUGGAUCUGUCAGAAGUAGCUUCCUGACAAAGAAGGACCAAGUUGUAGAAGUUUCUCCAUCUUCUGCAUCACAACCGCGAG